AUGGCCUUUUUAAGCAGUGAUAAUAAAGACAUAGCUCAACCUAUGGAACUGUCUCUUUUUGCGUCUCCAACAAAUCAGGUAGCGGUCGAAAAAGUGUACUUUACAGAAGCAAGACCGAUUUCUAGCAUAGGAGUAUCCGAUACACCAAUCGAAAUCGUAGUAUCUGGUUCGGGGGCAGAAUACAUUGAUUUAAAAAGGAGUAAAUUGUAUGUGAAAGCCCGAAUUUUGAAAGCAGAUGGAACGGCGCUGGCAGAAAAUGAAAAAACGGGCAUUGUAAAUUUACCACUUCAAAGUAUGUUUUCCCAGAUGGAUGUCUACUUGAACAACAAAUUAGUUUCUUUCAACACAAACAACUAUCCGUGGAAGGCCUAUUUCAAGACAAUUUUAUUCAGCGGGAGAGACGAACUUAGUUCACAGAAACAAUCCGAGCUGUUUUUUAAAGAAGAGGGAAACCUGAGUGACGCCAAUGCAUACAAUGGGGGGAAUGCUGGACUGGUCGUGCGGUAUGGAUACACUCAGCAAAGUGCAGUCUUUGAGUUGGAAGGAAACCUGAUGGAAGAUGUCUUUGAUAUAGAUAAAUAUUUGAUAAACGGGGUAGACAUUUACAUCAAACUCUUUAGAUCCAGUGCCCCGUUUGUCAUUAUGUCGGCUGAAUCUUCACCAGCUUUCAAAUUAGAGUUACUGGACGUUGUGUACAAAGUAGCCAAAGUGCGAGUAGACCCUGGCGUUCUACUGAAUCAUAGUAAACAGAUAGAAGCAACCCCCGUGAAGUAUACUAUCAUGCGAAAUGAAUUGAAAAUGAAUACUAUUCCUAAAGGAUCCACAGAGUUUUACUGGGACAACAUUUUUCCUCAAGCGGUACCCGAUCGCAUCGUGGUGGCCUUGGUGGACCAGAAAGCCGUCAAUGGGGACUACACCGCUAACCCCUUUAACUUUGAGCAUAUGGGGUUAACAGACGUCGGAAUAUACGUUAACGGAGAAAGUGUACCCGGUAGACCGCUCAAAACAGACUUCUCAGCGGGACUGUAUUCAGCAGCUUACGCUCGUUUGUUUGAAGCCUCGGGAAAAUGGAACAAUGAUGCCGGACUGAUCAUCACUCGUGAUAAUUUUGGAAGUGGAUAUUCGCUGUUUGUUUUCACUAUUGAUUCCUGUGGAUUUGGAGAAGAGUAUUUAAAUCUGAUUCGUCGGGGAAACACCAGACUGGAACUGAAAUUUAAACAAGCAACAACUAAAGCUGCUAACGCAAUUGUAUUUGCUACCUUUUCAUCUCUACUGGAAGUCGACAAAUCACGUGAUAUCAACUACAUUCAACCAUGA